AUGCGGUCUUGUGAAAACAGCCUUGAGUACAUCAACUUUGCCGGCUGUUCAAAGUUGACGAACCGGACAGUGUUCUCGAUCGUUGCGCAUGGAAACAUCACGAUCACUAGCUUGAUUCUCAAUCGCUGCCCAUGGUUGAAAGACGACGCCAUCAUUCUGAUCACCAGCGCUUGUCAAAACCUCUGGCAGCUCGGAGUCUCGCAGUGCUCCGGGCUCACCUCAGAAGGACUCCGAGCCAUCAGUUUCUCCAAGUCGCUGCGGACCCUGGACCUGAGCCUCAACUCAGCCCUCACCGACGAGGUUCUUGCCGCCAUCAUCGACUCUCUCGCCCUCUUGUCUUCCUUGGACGUGUCCGGGUGUGAGAACAUCAGCGAUGAAGGAGUUUCGAACAUCCGGAGAGUUCGAAAUCUCUCCAGCUUGGAUCUCAGUGGCAACAUGACGCUGACUGAUCGAUCGCUCGUGGUGCUCGCGUCCGAGUGUCCUCAGCUGAUCAGUCUCAAGUGCAUGAUGCUGCCUAACAUCUCCUCCAAGACCGUGCAGACCAUCGCAACCUACUGCUCCAGCCUGGAGGACGUGGACCUGAGCUACGUCUCGCUGCUCGACGACAUCGGACUGCGAAUGCUAGUGCGCCGGUGCGGGGGGCUGAAGGUGCUCAACCUGGCGUGGUGCGAGUCUCUGACGCCGCGAGGCCUCAAGUACAUCUCGGAGUUCAGCAUGUCCCUCGAGACUCUCAACGUCUCGCACACCAACAUAGGCGACAACGAGCUCGAGGCCAUCGCCGACAACUGCGGGAAGCUGAUGACGUGUCAUGCAGUCAGGUGUCAACACAUCAGCUUGGCCGGUGCAUUGCGCUUCAUUCAAGUGGCCUCAUCCAAGUCUCUUCGUCGAGUGGAUUUGCGAAGAAAUUUCCACAAGGCAGAGCCGAAGGAUCUGAAGCGGUUUGACGCCAUCCGAUCAGUUACCAUCCUCUAUUGA